AUGUUUGAGAAUCUUUGCACCCUCCCGCUGAGGGCCGACAUCUUCACCCAGGUCCUUCACCCGUCCGAGCCUCUUCUGACUGUGGGUUUGUCAAGCGGCCACGUCGAGUGCUUCCGUCUGCCUUCUAGCGCGGACGAAGGCAGUGAGGGCAGCAACUCCACAACCGGCAGGGGCCUGAUCAAAAGCAUAUGGAGCACGCGCAGGCACAAGGGGAGUUGCCGCUGUCUUGCCUACAGCCAUGACGGGGAAUCUCUUUUCUCUGCCGGGACCGACGGCAUUGUCAAGCACUUCUCUCCCACCACCGGCGUUGUCACCUCCAAGAUCGCCCUUCCGCCCCGCACGAGCUCGUCCGACGACACCGACUCGCCCGCGAUAAUGCACGCCCUGUCCCCGCAGACGAUGCUCCUCGGCACCGAUUCGGGCGCGCUCUACAUCUUCGACAUCCGCGAGAGCGGCACGCUGAACCCGCAGCCGGUGCGGAAGCACAUCCCCCACGACGACUACAUCACCAGCCUCACCCCGCUGCCGCCCUCGGCCGAGAGCACGUCGGGCUUCCCCAAGCAGUGGGUGUCGACGGGCGGCACCACGCUGGCCGUCACCGACCUGCGACACGGCAUCCUGGCCAGGUCCGAAGACCAGGAGGACGAGCUGCUGUGCUCGACCAUGAUCCCCACCGGUCUGGGCCCAAAGCGCCUCCGGAACAACGGUGUCGUGGCCGUCGGCACCGGUGGCGGGGUCCUGACCUUGUGGGACCAAGGCUCCUGGGACGACCAGCAGGAGCGCAUCUACGUCGGCGGUGGGAAGUCUAAGAAGGAUGGCGAGAGCCUCGAUGCCAUCGUCAGGGUCCCGGAGGAGCUGGGGUGGGGCAAGAAGGUGGUGGUGGGCAUGGGGGAUGGGAGCCUGAGCGUCGUCGACCUCAAGCGGCGAGAGAUCCAGAGCACCCUGAAGCACGACGAGGUCGAGGGCGUCGUUGCCAUCAAUUUUGACAGCCAGGGCAGGAUGAUCAGCGGGGGCGGAAGAACAGUAAAGGUCUGGGCAGAAAACGAGACCGGUGAUGGCGAACAGGAGGAGGAGGAGGCUGGUGCUCAGGAGAAGGGCAACAAAAGACUGGGGGGGAGUGAUGGUGGUGGUGAUGGCGACGACGACGACGACGACGGCGAGAACGAUGACGAUAAUAGCGACAGUGACUCGUUUCCUGCUAAAUCCUCAAAGCAGCCGAAGAAAAAGCGCAGAAAAGGCAGGGGUAACCAGGCCCCCAAGAUAGCGGCGUUCCCAGGUUUGGAUUGA